AUGGACACCUGCAACAAGAAUGUGUUCUCAAUCUUCCACGGAUUCUUGAUGAUGUUCCUCUAUCUCCAAUUUUGGGAGGGUUGUUCUGAUAGAAUCUCCACCAAUCAAUCUCUUUCAGGAUACCAGACCAUUGUUUCUAGUGGUGAUGUCUACGAACUUGGCCUCUUUACACCGGAACCAGUUAUGGAAGAUGAGCUUACUUCAAUAUCUACCAAGUUGUGGCAGAGUUUUGAUGUUCCACAAUGUCUCAUCUCGUGGAAUAGCAUCAAAGAUCCAUCCCCUGGUCACCACUCUCUCAAGGUUGACCAUAAAGCAACAAACACUCUCAUGAUCAUGGUUUCAAAUGGAUCUAAAUCAUGUUGGUCGAGUGGCCCGUGCUAUGUAUCCGAACAAAGAUGUAUGGUUUAUAGUUAUUGUGGUUCGUUUAGGUUCUGUAAUGGGAAAACAUCGCAAGUCCCUUGUGAAUGCAUUCCUCAUUUCGAACGUGACAAGGAGAGUUUUUUUCCUCUUCAGAACAUGCUGAUAGAGUCAGAAUCUAGUCAGGAUUCGUAUUUUAUCUGUGCAAGGUUUUAUUAUGAUUAUUCAAAUAUGUCAUGGUCAAACGAGGACACGAAUGUUCAAGCACAAAUGCGUCUAGAGAACACAGGAGCAGCAAAACAUUACAAAAUCGUAACCAUUGUACUAGCCAGUGUACUAACAUCAGUAGCUGCUGCUGCAUUUCUUGUUGGUUCAUGUUGUUGUUACUUUUCAUCUCGGCGCAGAAUAAGAGCAACAAAAGCUGAAGCGGAUACUACUGAAACAGAGGAUGGUGAUGGAGAAGAGAUGUGUGACCUAAGUUUACGUACAAUAAUAAGAGCAACCAAUGGUUUCUCUGAGGAUUACAAGAUAGGAGAAGGUGGUUUUGGUCCAGUCUAUAAGGCAAAGCUACCAAAUGGAGUGGAUGUGGCGAUCAAAAGACUUUCAAAAAGGUCAAACCAAGGUCUGAACGAGUUCAAGAACGAAGUGGAUUUGGUCAACAAGCUUCAACACAGGAACCUAGUGAGACUUUUAGGACAUUGCGUGGAAGAAGACGAGAAACUCCUUAUAUACGAGUACAUGUCUAAUAAGAGCCUUGAUGCUUUCCUCUUUGAUUCUAUUAAGAGUAGGGAAUUGGAUUGGGAGAAACGUAUGAAUAUAAUAAAUGGGACAACAAGAGGACUUCAAUAUCUGCAUGAAGACUCACAUCUCAAGAUAAUCCAUCGAGAUCUUAAGUCAAGCAACAUUCUUCUUGACGAUGAGAUGAAUCCUAAAAUCUCCGAUUUUGGAACUGCUAGGAUUUUCGAUUGCAAACAGAUUGAUGACAGUACCCAAAGGAUCAUUGGAACAUAUGGCUAUAUGUCACCGGAAUAUGGGUUGGGCGGGAUAAUUUCAGAAAAGUCUGAUAUAUAUAGCUUUGGAGUUCUGUUAUUAGAGAUUAUAUCUGGCAAAAAGGCGAACAAGUUUGUUCAUAACGAUCACAACAGUCUCAUUAGUUAUGCAUGGCAAUCUUGGUGUGACACAAAAGGUGCUAGCAUUGUAGAUGAAGCAUUAGGUGAUUCAUAUUCUUCAGAAGAAGCAAUGCGAUACAUUCACGUUGCACUUCUUUGUGUUCAAGAUCAUCCUAAGGACAGACCCACAAUUUCACAAAUCGGUUAUAUGUUCAACAGUGACCAUCAUCUCCAGGAUCCAAAACAGCCAACCUUCACAAAUGCGUUGAACUAUGAUCAGCGGUUAAUGUCUCACUAUGCGUUCUCGAUAAACGACGUGACUCAGACAACAAUGGAAGGACGGUGAGCAAUAAAUUAAACCACUCACUUGUUUUGUGGUUUUUGUUUUACAAAUCAUAUAUAGUUUUCC